AUGAAUAUAACCACAAAAUUCAUUCAAGAUAUUCGAAAUUUGGAAAAUACUAUUGCUUUGUUCAUAGAAAAAUAUGCAACCGAUAAGACAAUUCUUAAUGAUGAAUUGCAAUGUAGUCUUCAAAUAUUCUGUAAAAGAAUAUUAUACUUUGAAAAAAUUUGGUCUAGAAAUUUAGCUGGCGAAUCAAAUUAUUUAAAUUGUUUGGAUAAUGCAAAUAAAAUACCACUAGAAACAUUUGCGACUGCUAACAAUAACAAGAAUAAUGACACACAAAAAUCUGAAUUAUCUUCUUCUGCUGGUAAGCUAUUAGAGUAUAGGUACUCUAUACAAGAUUUAAUAGAGUUAGCUCCAGAGCACGAAAAACAUGCUUGCAAUGAAAAUAUAAAAAAGCUGAUUCAGUCAUCAUUCAACUCUGGAUGUAUUAAAUUAUGUGAUAAAGCAUCAGUUCAAAAACCCAAGGUUGAUGUGAAAUUGCUUCCUAAAAAAGAAAUAUUAUGCACAGAAGUUAUUCAAUUAUAUGACAAGCAUCAUUAUUGUAUGCUGUGCUACAUAUUUCUCAAUUCCAAAGAUAUACCAAAUCAUAUUGUAUCCAAAAACCAUAUAAAAAGACAGAAAUAUAGGUUAUCUUCAAUUAAGGCAAAGAAAGCAUAUUUUUGCUUCAUCUGUAAAACUGUUUCUUUUGAUGCUGAACUAUUUGCAGUUCAUAUACAACAAACAACUCAUAAGCAUCCGCAAUACAUUCAAAAAGAGUGUUUCAAAUGCCAUAUACAAUUUUAUGGAGCCACAGAUAAUAUUUAUGAACAUAAACAUUUUAAAUCGGAACUGGAGCAAGAGGUGGAAUCUGUAUUGCAGAUUAACAAUGAUUUAAAUGGUCCAAAUGAUUGGUCCAGUGAUUGGAUCACUGUACGUAAUGUGAAUUUUAUUAAUAGAUAUGCUAUAUAUAGAGCAAAUUUGUUUGAUAAUUGUUUGUUGUGUAACGUUAAUAUAUGCAAGGGAGAAUUAAAUAUUUUGACGCAUAUAAAAGGAUCUAAACAUGAAAAAGGAUUGAAAAAUGAUGAUAAAAUAGACUUAAUUAGGCCAUUUUUAAAUCGACUUGAUAAUUACAUGAAGGAUGACAAUGACAACAUAUUGCUUUCAAAUAGAGAUUUCAUAUUUCCUUAUUCUAAAAGGACAAUUUAUUGCAAACCAUGUAAUAAGGAAAUUGAUGUUAGACAAAAAAAAAUAUUCACACAUUUAAAAACUAUGGAUCACAUAUCACAAUGCGAAUCUGUAAUCAAGAGUAGUUCGGGAAAAUUGACACUUUUGAACAAAGAAGUUUCAUUAGAGAAAGAUCACAUAGGUGUUAUGAAAGUUAGUUCUCAUGAUGCAUUCAAAAAUAAACAGGAGAUUGAAGGACAAAACAUUUGUGUCAGUUUUAUGAAAAGUAAUGUACCAAAUAAUUGGAAUCGGAUAGAUUCUAGAAUUGACCCAGUAGAAGACAAUAACAUAUUUAUUGAUGACAGCGUUAGUGCUUUUAUUAAAUGCAUUGAAAGUUCAUGGGCAAUUGUUAAACCGAUGUUAAUUUCAUACUUUGGAUGUAAAAAUAAGGGCCUAUUUUUUAAAGACUUAGUUUGUCAAGAAUGUGGUUUAAUAAUUUUUUCUAAUGAUGAGGGAGCAUUACCUAAACAUACACCCAUCACUUUCAAGUUUAAUGAUACAUCAGUAAAUACAGAUACAAAAAUUGAUGGAAAAGAAAUAAUGUUUACUGCUAUGAAUGAAUUACACGGAAAUGCAUCACAUAUGAAUGGUGGCUGUUUAGGAGUCCGUGAAGAUAAUUUUUAUGACAAUGGAGUAUUAGAUACUAUUACUAAAUACUAUGUAAAUGAUGGAAUGGAUAUAGGCUGUGUUCCAGCAUUUUCAAAUGAAAAGAUUGCUGUUCCGUUGAUGAAUGAUUUUGUAGAAGAAUAUGAGCAUGGCCAAUUAGAUAAUUUAAAAAUUAUUGAGAAUAAUGGAGUUGAAGCAAAUAAUGGCAAUGACACUGAAAAUGUAAAUGUGACAAAUAGUAAAGAAGAAACACAUAAAUUAGAAGAAAUAUUUUUAAAGUUUUGGGACGAUUUUGAUCUCAGUGAUAAGAACCUAAGUUUAAAUAAGCAAAUUUUCGGAAUAAUUGACAAAGGAUUUUUAAAAUGUUUAUUGUGUCGUCAUAAAUUAACUCUCAACAAACGAGGUGUUCUUGGUCAUAUUAAUGGAAUGAGCCAUAGAAGAAACCUUAGCGAAUUUCUAGAAAUUCGUCACUAUUGCAGCGUAUGUAGACUAUUUAUACAGGACUUCAAUUUGCAUAAAAUCUCAUCAAAUCAUAUUUCUAAUAUUCCAGAUUAUAAUGAUGACUUUAAUAAAGAUAAUCCUCCUACAAUGAAACAUGAAUGCAGUGAGUGCCGCGUUAUAUCAUACUAUCCAGCAGGUACCAACUUUGAACACACACAUUUUGAAUUUGAAUUCUCAAAGGUUAUUACAAAAGGAAAAAUUAGUUCCAAUGCAAAAAUUAGAAAAAAAAUUUUGACUUUAAUCGAGGAUGAACAAGUAUUGAAUGACUACUCUGUUAAUUUAAUCAAAUUGGCAAAAACUGCAGCACAAUCGAAUGAAUUGAUAUUAGCUACCUGCACUAUGCUGGAGAAAAAUUUAUCAGUGUUCACAAGCUGCAAAGCCUACCCUUUUGGCUCUAGAAUGACUGGUUUAGGAUGUGAAAGUAGCGAUCUUGACAUUUUUUUUGACAGUGGUUCCAUGUAUAAUGGAUUACAAAACCAAAACAGUCAAUUUCAGAAUUCGUUAAUUGAUGUAUGUUGUGAGGUGUUAAAAAAAUGUGACGAGUGGGACUUUGUGUUCCCUGUUACAAAAGCUAGAACACCAAUUAUUAAAGCAUUUAAUACUGUAUAUAAAAUGGACUGUGAUAUAUCUUUUAGAAAUGGCUUAGGUGUUGAAAAUACUGUCAUAUUAAAGUGA